AUGUACUGUUCUUAUCAGGUAUUAUUAAUGUGGAUCUGUCUGUUGACGACGCUGUCAGCGUCUCGGGAGGACGCUGCUCAGGACUUUAUCGAACAUGUCUUGAAGAUACCUAAUCCUGAUAGAGUUCUUAAUUCAGUUCUCGGAAGACUAGAGAGGAACAGGCAAGGACUCUUGGAAAGGGCAAACCCUCGAUUCGCUGAGGAUUGUGAAGAACCAGAGAAUCUACCAGAAUAUACCGAGUCUUUGCAAGAUUCUGUCGAACGAGGAUUGAGGCAUUUAGGUUCACAAAAACAUUAUCCAAUAUGUCACUUGGAAAGAAAGAUUCAUAGAUUGAACACCAACGAAUAUGAGUACAGGCCCGCGUAUUACGAAGAGGUCCGUUGUACCAUGACCCCCGGUGAUGACGCUGGCGUCACAAACGAGGUAUGUUCGAGCCUCGGGUUUUCAUGCGUUCAAUGGAACAAGACAAUACACUUGACAAGAAGGCGAUAUUCAAGUGACUGCUGGGAAACUAAGACUAUGGUGAUACCAGCGGGAUGCGAGUGCAUGUGGCCUGUCCACAGAUUAGGACAACUAACAUUACACGUCUAA